GUGCAACGCCUCCAUCUCGCUUCUCAAUACUGCGUCUUUCCUUCGGUGCCUUCUGAAUAUCACUCAUUUAUUUCGCCAGUGUACCUUACUCGGACACUAAUUCAGCCCAAAAUCUCCAAAUCAUACAAAAGGCAGUGUCUCUUAUCGAUCAUAAGACAGCAUUGGAGAACAGACACACGCAGGGCAAAAAUAUGUCCGUUGAAGCAGAUGAGGGGGCUACUAGUCUCCCAAACCCGAGCCAAAUUGCCUCAGUUACUUCCAAAGAGACAUUGAUGCCCGAUGAGCCUCAUGCCAUCGACCCUUCGCACCUGACUACCCCGGAGAAGAGACUCUACGAUUUCUUAUGCUCCCAAGGAUGGACUGAGACACAGUGUUCUUGUUACUUCGCUGAUAUCGAGGCGAUGAAAGAGGCUCUUUCCCACCAUUUCUACUCGCAAGGUUGGAGCGACGAUCAAAUGCAAGCUCUUCACGAGCGCUGCCUGAUAGAAUUGCCGGAGAAUUUCCCGGCUCCUAAAGGUGAUGCCGAUCAAGAAGAUCUGCAGAUGCAACUGAGGUUAGUGGAAGAAAUGAAUCGUAGAAAGGCGAUUGGGGAGCGCAUGUACCCAUCAACUCGGACUAUGCGAACGGGGAUUGCUGAGGAGAGAGGGGUUUGAGUUGCAACUCCCUCAAAGCAUUAUCAUUAUUAUAUAUGACCAUCUAUCUUUGCUUGGCCGGUAUAUAUCUGGGGAAGAGAGAAAUGCUGAAUAUUUGAUAUGCCAGAUAGGCAAGAAGGAGUAUGUACGCAGAGCUGGUGAGGUAGCUUGAGUACUAGUCAAUAGAGGUGAAUACUUGGGAAUCAACCACUUUCCCUUGACUCUUGCCUUACACACGUCUAAUAUACAAAGCAAGCCUGCAUAAAAAGGGCAAGCUCAAAAGGUGGAUAAUCUAGGAAACGUAAUAUGUCCGUUUAGUGAGGCCGUGCAUGAUAUAAAUCAUAAAUAAUAUAGAAUUGUACUUGUCCCGUGAUGUGUAAGUAGGUCCUCAUUCUCAUUAUUAAUGUAUGUUAGAUGAAUGCUUGGCGAGCUGAACACGAGGCUGGUCUCCC